GGUUGCGCUGAUCUACCAGCUCUUCGCCGACGCGAGGCUGUCGCACUGCAUCGACUUCGAUCGCAUCGUUCCCAGGUUUCGCAGGCAGUUGCACGAGAUCUCGACGGGUGGGCGGCACAGGUCGCACUUGAGGCGCAAGCGGCUGCUGAUGCGAACGACUCUGGCGCUCUACACUCCAUCGCGAGACGUCUCCGUUCUGGCCACGAUCGUGCUGAACGAUGCCGAGUCCAUCCCCGACGAUUUCCCUCGAGCUGCCUUUUUGGACCUCUGGUACGUCGAAGCGCUGCUGAAGGCGGGGCGGCUCCGGGGCGCAAGGCCACGGGUCCUGAUGGUCUCGGACCUGCCGUCUGGAAAGCUGGAG